AUGCACGUAAAUAAGAGAAUCGGUCGCUUCAAGCAAUGGGCGGGAGAGCGCAUGGGUGGUGAGGCCAAGACGUGUCAGUCAGAUGAUUUCAAGGCUAUGGAGACGGAGAUGGGCGUGCGCCAUGAAGGUGUUGAUCACAUUCACAAGUCUAUGACUGCCUACGUCAAGGCCAUCUCGAAGCGCACCGAGGGAGACGAUAAGGAAAAGACCCUGCCAAUUGCGCACCUCGGAAGCAGCAUGGUCAGCCACGGAGAGGACUUUGAUGGAAAUUCCGAAUACGGGCAAUGCCUGAUCAUGUUUGGAAGGACCGAGGAGCGUAUUGCCCGCAUCCAAGAGAGCUACAUUACACAGGCGACUUCGAGCUGGCUUGAGUCCCAAGAGAGGUCUCUCACUCAAAUGAAAGAAUACCAACAGGCUCGCAAGAAGCUGGACAGCCGACGACUGGGAUACGACACUUCGCUUUCCAAGAUGGAAAAAGCCAAGAAGGAGGAUUUCCGGGUGGAGGAGGAGCUUCGCAACCAAAAAGUCAAAUAUGAGGAAGCCAACGACGAAGUGCUUCGCCGUAUGCAGGAUAUCAAGGAGUCGGAAGUUGAUAGCGUCAUGGAUCUGGGCGCCUUUUUGGAUGCCCAGCUGGAAUACCAUGACCGGUGCCGAGAAGCACUUCUGCAGCUGAGGAAUGAAUGGCCUGGCGGGUCCGGUCAAGGCCCAGCGCCACGUCGUCCCACACGAGCUCGCUCCAAUACUGCACAUUCAUACCAGGAGCGGUAUGAGCCCGUGCAGGAAGAGAUGACGAGUGCCGUGGAGAGCCGGCCCACUAUCCGGCCGACUAGGACGCUGUCGUCCAACUUGGCAGACACUUUCCCGAGAGAAGCCCAGAGAGAAGUCCAACCUGCCAGCAAUGCCUACUCCCGUCCGGUUCUGAGCCGAGUCCCCACUUUUGAAGGCCCGACUCAGCUUCGACAGGAACAAUCCCCUGUCGCAUCGCAGUGGAUCCAACGAACGACCAGCGAAACCCUCAACAACCGACGCAAUAGCACGUAUCUGAACACUCGAGCCGCUGAUCCAUAUGCCGAUUCUGAAGUUAGCUCCUACGGUUCGUAUGGUCGCUCCAGCCCGGAACGUAUGUAUGGAGAUCGAUCAUGCUCCCCGGCUACGUCCCAUGGCAGUAGUGUGGCCUCGCGACAACCCAGUUCCACAGCAUUGAAUGCGUCCCAUCUGAGCAAGAAAGCCCCUCCACCACCUCCCCCGUCUCGUGCCAAGAAGCCUCCUCCACCCCCCACCGCCGAUGAAGCGUAG